CGUGUCCUCCUGGGAGCUGAGGGGCAAGUUUGAAUCCUGGGACAGUUGAUGUGGUGCGGCCGGUCCCUUCCACGCAGGUAGGUGGGCAGGCAGUGAGAGAGAGGGUCACUUACCGGCCGGGAGCGGGCACAGUGCCCGGGGGGGAGGAGGGGGGGACGGACCGCUCCUUAUACCGAGUGUGGGGGGAGACUGGGAGAGACUUAUAUUAUUAUUAUACACUGUGUAUUAUCUAUCAUUAUUAUACACUGUGUAUUAUCUAUCAUUAUUAUACACUGUGUAUUAUCUGUCAUUAUUAUACACUGUGUAUUAUCUGUCAUUAUUAUACACUGUGUAUUAUCUAUCAUUAUUAUACACUGUGUAUUAUCUAUCAUUAUAUUAUUAUUAUACACUGUGUAUUAUCAUUAUAUUAUUAUACACUGUGUAUUAUUAUUAUACACUGUGUAUUAUUAUUAUACACUGUGUAUUAUCUAUAUUAUUAUACACUGUGUAUUAUCUAUAUUAUUAUACACUGUGUAUUAUCUAUAUUAUUAUACACUGUGUAUUAUUAUUAUACACUGUGUAUUAUUAUUAUACACUGUGUAUUAUCUGUCAUUAUUAUACACUGUAUUAUCUGUCAUUAUUAUACACUGUGUAUUAUCUAUCAUUAUUAUACACUGUGUAUUAUCUAUCAUUAUUAUACACUGUGUAUUAUCUAUCAUUAUAUUAUUAUUAUACACUGUGUAUUAUCAUUAUAUUAUUAUACACUGUGUAUUAUUAUUAUACACUGUGUAUUAUUAUUAUACACUGUGUAUUAUUAUUAUUAUACACUGUGUAUUAUCUAUAUUAUUAUACACUGUGUAUUAUUAUUAUACACUGUGUAUUAUUAUUAUUAUACACUGUGUAUUAUCUAUAUUAUUAUACACUGUGUAUUAUCUAUAUUAUUAUACACUGUGUAUUAUUAUACACUGUGUAUUAUUAUUAUUAUACACUGUGUAUUAUCUAUAUUAUUAUACACUGUGUAUUAUCUAUAUUAUUAUACACUGUGUAUUAUUAUUAUACACGGUGUAUUAUUAUUAUUAUACACUGUGUAUUAUCUAUAUUAUUAUACACUGUGUAUUAUCUAUAUUAUUAUACACUGUGUAUUAUACACUGUGUAUUAUUAUUAUUAUACACUGUGUAUUAUCUAUAUUAUUAUACACUGUGUAUUAUCUAUAUUAUUAUACACUGUGUAUUAUUAUUAUACACUGUGUAUUAUUAUUAUACACUGUGUAUUAUUAUACACUGUGUAUUAUUAUUAUUAUACACUGUGUAUUAUUAUUAUUAUACACUGUGUAUUAUUAUUAUUAUACACUGUGUAUUAUUAUUAUUAUACACUGUGUAUUAUUAUUAUUAUACACUGUGUAUUAUUAUUAUUAUACACUGUGUAUUAUGUUAUUAUUAUACACUGUGUAUUAUGUCAUUAUUAUACACUGUGUAUUAUGUCAUUAUUAUACACUGUGUAUUAUCUGUCAUUAUUAUACACUGUGUAUUAUCUGUCAUUAUUAUACACUGUGUAUUAUCUGUCAUUAUUAUACACUGUAUUAUCUGUCAUUAUUAUACACUGUGUAUUAUCUGUCAUUAUUAUACACUGUGUAUUAUCUGUCAUUAUUAUACACUGUGUAUUAUCUGUCAUUAUUAUACACUGUGUAUUAUCUGUCAUUAUUAUACACUGUGUAUUAUCUGUCAUUAUUAUACACUGUGUAUUAUCUGUCAUUAUUAUACACUGUGUAUUGUCUGUCAUUCUAUUAUUAUACACUGUGUAUUGUCUGUCAUUCUAUUAUUAUAAUAUAUUCAGUGUAUUAUCUAUUACUAUAUUAUUUUCCUGUUACAGAGUCAGACAUUAUAUUAUUAUACACUGUCAUUAUAUUAUCUAUCAUAUUAUACACUGUGUAUUAUCUAUUACUAUAUUAUAUACGGUUAGUCAGACAUUAUAUAUACACACUAUAUUAUUAUAUCCUCUUACAGAGUCAGACAUUAUAUUAUACACUGUGUAUUAUCUAUUACUAUAUUAUAUCCUGUUACAGAGUCAGACAUUAUAUUAUACACUGUCAUUAUAUUAUCUAUCCUAUUAUACACUGUGUAGUAUUAUUAUAAUAUCUAUCAUUAUAUUAUAUCCUCUUACAGUGUCAGCCCAUAUAUAUACGGAAUUUGUUGGCGCUAUAUAAAUAAUAAAAUAAUAAUAUAUAGAUAUCAUUAUAUUAUAUACAGUGUGUAUUAAUUAUAUCUAUCAUUAUAUACUGUGUAUUAUCUAUUAUAUUAUCUUUCAUAUUGUAUCCUCUUACAGUGUCAGACCUUCUAUAUACACACUGUAUUAUCUGUUACUAUAUUAUAUACUGUUACAGAGUCAGACAUUAGAUUAUUAUAUUAUCUAUCAUUGUAGCGGAGCUGCAAUAUUAAAACCCAAUAUCUCUGCUGGUACAGACAAUAAUCCAAGUGAAGCGCUGGAAGUAAAUGCAGUAUCCCAAAUCCCCCAGUAACCGGAUGAAACACAGUUCUGGGAGUCAACUGACGAUUUUAUUCACAGCUCCAGUAUUUAUGUGAUUCCCCAUGCAAGGGGUUUCUUUAGUCACUUUUUAUAGGGGUUGUACAGGAGAGGACUACAUGGGGAACUGAAUAUACAGGACAUUUAUCCCACCAUGCACUGCUGUACGAGAGGGAUACUCCCACUAGAAUAUCCUGUGAAGUGGAUUAUCCCUCUGUACAGCAGAACUGGCUUUUCACACAAAAAUACAUAACUUUAAUAUUAUUCAUAGGAUUAUACCGAAUGACCGUUCGGUAGAUAGCUGGGGUCUGAGCACACACUUUGUGAAAGUACCGCUCCGAUUCCAGCAUAAAUAACCGAACGCAGCACGAAACAUACUUUAAUAUACAUUCAUCUAAAAAGUACCGAAUACAUGAUGGAGAAUAAAAUACCGAAGGACCAGUGCUCCCGAACGGCCUGGAAGGCCAGCGGUGUUCGCGCCGUCAAGUAGACGAUUUUGGUUCCAGGCACUCGACGACCAAACAUUGCUGGGCUAACAAAGGAUCCAAGAUGGCUGACCGCCGCGUGGUCGGUAGCCGAACGGCGGCCAUCCGGGAAAGCAAUUGUGGCAGAACCAGCCUCGCCACUGGGCAUUGGAGAAGACUGAUUGCCAGCCUCCUGCCCUGUGACUAUGGCCCCAUGUUGAAAUGCUGGAUUUUCCCCUGCAAAGACCCGAAAGCCGGGUCAUUCGGUACUUUCCCUAUGUGAGCAGUGUUACCCCAGAUAGCUAUGCCGUGGAGCCCAUUCGUAUAACCAAAGACUAUGUAAAAGACUUUGGCUGCAUGGCAAUUGAACUGUAUGUAUGUGAUCUGAGCGCCAUUCAGUAAUCUGCGCUCAGAUCUAAGCUAUCUGGGGAUAUGUUGAAUGUAUCCGUUUUAUGCAAUCGCUGCACAGUUAUAUAUUUUUAUGUAUUUUAUUGUAUUUUGCUACCAUGUGGCUAAUGGAGUUUUGCCUCUGUCCUUGGAGAUAAUUGGAUUACUUCCCAAUUAUCUCCAGGAUAGAAGACUCUGUGGAACUGGUUUUGGGCAGAAAAACCAUGCUUCAUUUUGUCAAAUAGGACUUUCCCUUAACUUUUUAACCCCUGAACCGAUUGCCCUGAUUUUUGAGUGUGUGUAUAUUUCAAGCAUGCAGAUUCUGAAAAUGUAUGUGAAUGGCAUGUAUAUUUUGGAAGUUAUUAAUAUUUUGUAAAAACUGUAUUUCUCUGCGUGUGAAAAUUAUAUUACCCAUUGUGUUCAGUAAUCAUAUCACAGGCAAAGGGGAGGAUUUUGUGUGGGAGUGUCUGUGUGUAUUGUACGGAUUGAUUAGUUGUAUUUCAAAACCCUGUGGGCAGUACUAUAUAUGUGGAUUGGGAAUAAAAGAGGCUGUAUGUGCCAGUACAGUCAGUUCUGCUUGACCCUCAAAACGAAGUGUCGUCUCGUUACUGGGGGAAUCUGCUACAAGGGAUUGCUAUGCUAGUCAUACUCCCUUGCUAUAAUCACUACUAAGCUCUUGUAAGAGCUUGUUCCUGUCUUGCUCUCUGGAGGAGCCUACAGUGGUUAUGGUGUCGGCUGGAGUGCUUGGAGCCCUCAGGAAGCACUAGGAGCAUCCUUCAACGGAGGUACCCAGUCGGGGUGCCAGGUGAUCCGUUACAGCAAUUAACAGCCGAUUGCUACACUGUUGCUAUCGGUUAAUGGGAGCCACACGACCAUCUGUGUGUGGGCUCCCAUUUGGUACUUUAUUAGUUUCACGAACAGUGUGUAAAGUCACUGUUUGUGAAACUACCAUAUGAAUGCUAGUGGCUUUCGGCCGUUAGCAUGUGAAUGAUCUCUAUUACAGCAAUACAUGCAUAAACCGAAUAAACGCAGCUUUUGUAAGACAACCUUCAGACUGAAUAGUACGACCUCAAGUGGCUGGUUUUGCCACAAUGCUUCCCCAGAAUCAAGCCGGCAUACACAGUCUGAUCCCAACGGAUCGGCUUGGGGAUGUCCGGAGGAGUACUCACAGAUCACUUUUCAAGUUCAGUUUGUCUGGAUAACCCGUCGGCGUUACCAUUUUGCUUCCCUGGGCGGUAAUGAAUAGUAAAGUCAAAAGGCUGCAGCGCCAAACUCCAGCGCAGCAGCCUGGCAUUGUCCCCAGCCACAAGGUUCAGCCACACCAACGGGAUGUGAUCUGUGAGUAAGGAGAAAGGUUGUCCAUAUAAAUAAGGCUGUAGCUUUUUGAGGGCCCACACCACGGCCAGGCAUUCUUUCUCGAUGGCGGCGUAGCUUACUUCACGGGGCAAUAACUUUUCGGCUUAAGUAAGCUACGGGAUGUUCUCCGCCAUCUGCUCCAACUUGGCUCAGCACUGCUCCCAAUCCAAACAUUGAAGAAAUCAUUUAGUUGGAUCAGGAGCAGCAAGUACAGGUGCAUUGGUUAAAGCAGUCUUGAAUUGUUGAAAUGCCUGAUCACACUCUGGGGCCCAGAUGACCUGUCGAAGAUUUUUGCAGGUCAAGUCAGUCAGGGGUUUGGCCAGGGCACUGUAAUUGGGUACGAACUUCCGGUAGUACCCUGUGGUACCCAGGAAGGCUAACACUUGGGUUUUUGUCCGGGGGGUAGGCCACUUAGCUACUGCCUCUAUUUUGGAGGGUUCCGGUUUUUGCUGCCUACUCUGUGCCCAAGGUAUUGCACCUCUGCCAUCCCUAUAUGACACUUGCUGGGUAUUAGCGUCAAGCCUGCCUCUCCAAUAUGUCGUAGGUGUUCUGACCACGUCUGGCUGUAUAUGGCGAUAUCGUCCAGGUAUGCACAUGCAUACUCCUGGAACCCGUCCAGUAGCCGAUCUACCAUCCUUUGAAAGGUAGCUGGAGCGUUUUUCAUUCCGAAUGGCAUGACUCGAAACUGGUACAGGCCAAACGGGGUGACAAACGCCGACUUGGGGAUGGCAUCUUCGGCUAAAGGAAUCUGCAUAAGUCUAUUGUAGUGAGGUACUGGCCUCAUGCCAUCUUAUCUAGCAGCUCGUUUAUCCGGGGCAUCGGGUAGGCAUCAGACACUGUUUUGUCAUUUAGACUCUGGUAGUCAACACAGAAUUGUUUUGUGCCAUCCUUCUUGGGUACCAGUACCGGUGAUGUCCAGGGGCUAUCGGAAUGUUCAGUAACCCCUAGCUGCAACAUCUCCUCAAUUUAGGGGUCCUCGCACCCGUCUCCCAAAUAGUAAUUCAAAGGGGGAAAACCAGGUAGACUCUUGGGGUAUCUCUGUAUACGAACAGCAGAUUGGGUAGGAAUCGCUCCCAGUCCUUAUGGGCCUCUCCAAAUGUAAGGAGCAUCUGCUUUAAGGUCCAAUUGAACCUUUCACAUAACCCAUUAGACUGAGGGUGGUAUGCAGAAUUCACGAUAGGCUUAAUGCCACAUAUUUUCCGUAGUUGUGGCUGCUCACUGUAAUAAAAAAAAAAACUACUAACUGCCCUCCGCGCGGCGGCUGGGGGCCCCCUAAAUAACAAUUAGGGCCAUAAAUCACAAUGGGGGGGAACCUACUGUCAGUGGGUGUGGGCCCUAAAAAACAAUAAGGGGGGGACCUAUUGUCCACCUCCCGGCCCUUAUUCCUGAUCGGUGGGUGGGGGCCCUAAAAAACAAUAAGGGGGGACAGUCUCAGCCAAUCCUAUGGGGAAGCAUUGUGAUUGACCCAGAUCACCACUUCUGAUGAUGUCAGCAGACAGAGGCUGUUCAGAGGCAGCAGCUGCAAACUUGAAUACAAGUAUGAUUUUACUAUAUUUGGAGAGGCCAGGGGGCUAGAUGGUUGUUUUAAAACUAUAGGGUCAUGAAUACAUGUUUGUGUUUUUAACCCUAUAGUGUUUCUUUAAGGCCAGAGUAACUGAAAAAGUACAGCUAACUUAGAGAUUUUUAUCCAGUUCAGCUAUUUUAGCCUUAAACUUGAAAUUAAUUCUAAAUUCUCACUUUAAUAAAUAAAUCUGUUUGUUAUACUAGGUGGGUUUGUUAUUAAAUGGAUACUCCAGGCUCCCACAAACAUUAGGUGCACUGUGUAGGUUAGGUUAGUUAUACUGGGUGGGUUUAUAUGAUUAAAGGGACACUCCAGUCUCCCACACACGUUAGAUGCACUUUGUAGGUUAGGUUACAGUUAGUUAUACCGGUUGGGUUUAUAUUAUUAAAGGGACAUUCCAGGCUCCCACACACGUUGGGUGUAGGUUAGGUUACAGUUAGUUAUACUGGGUAGGUUUAUGUUAUUAAAGGGACACGCCAGGCUCCCACACACUUUAGGUGCACUGUGUAGGUUAGGUUACAGUUAGUUAUACUGGGUGGGUUUAUAUUAUUAAAGGGACACUCCAGGCUCUCACACAUACAUGUAUUUAUGAUUAGUAUUGUUCUAUAAACCCAACCUUUCUGUCGCUACUUGUUUCCAACACACCAUGGUAUUCCUAAAGUUCUGUUGUACAUUAAGUCAUAACUUAGAUUUUUUGAAUCUUCUAGUUCAGCUUCUUACAGUAGAAAGCUGACAACCGAACUACACACGGCAAGUUGUGUAAUGCACUACUUGUGGGAUAAUCUCAGCUGUGCUAUAGAAAGUGAAGUGGAGAUAACUCACCUCAUGGUUAGAGGAGAACAUUUUUAUGCUACAAAGCUUUUUAUGCAGCAAAUACAUGACCUUAAAGGUUUACUCCAAGCACCAUGACCAUUUACAUGUUUUGAAGUUGUCAUGGUGCCUGUAGUCUGCAUUUGCAGUGUUUAGCUAUGAAAUGCUGCAGAGUUAAACCCCUUUGCUACCAGAGGUGGAACUUCACCACGUGCAGUGUGAUUAGCCAACCCGGAUCAAGAGUUCUCUGGUGGCAAAGUCAAUGCUGUAUAUUCUCAUAUUCCCAUGCUUACAAUGUCAUUCAUUGGCUGGGAGUGACCAGUGCGGACCCAGUUAAGGGGGCAAACCAUUGUAAACCUAUUUGUUCCGUUACCUGUAAACUCUGCCAUGGUACACUUACUAUCAGCAGGCUUGGAGUGACCUUUUAAAUACAAAGAAAACAUUGAUUGUGUAUACAUACGUUCAUGCACUCUUGACGACCAUAUUGACGUUUUUAUGAAAAUGUAACCUGCCUUUACUGUAAUGCAUGCGUUGGAUUGCAUAACCGGAGCAUCCUGUUUACAAAUAUGUAAUCUCUACCAGUUUGUUUUCUCUCCCCCCUCCAACACUUUCCCAAUUCAGUCCCCCCUCCCAUGUUUGUUAUCAAAUUGCAGCUGCUCUGUUACUGUCACAUUGCAGUUGUGUGGGUGGGCAAUGUGAGGUUGCUGGCAUAACGUUUUAUAUACAUGUUGUAGUAUUUCUAGAUCUGCCAUAUUUUCCUGCAUACAUCGUUUCCUUAUGUUGCUGCCCUGCAGUAUGUGUAAUUCAUGUGCUGCAUGUUUCCUUAAUUAGAUUUUUCUCUUUUGUAUUCUAAUUAUCCAUAUUGUAGAACUUCACAUUGUUUAAGCCUUUAUGUAUAAGUGUUGUGUGCAGGAAACAUGGUAGGUUUGGCAAUCCCUAUUUCUAAUAUAAAAAUCUAUUUCUUUAGACCUGUACCUAUACCUUAUAUUGUUAUAAACUCUCCAUUCCCCUUUAUUUUUGUAAUCUACUCUCACCCCUAUUUACUAUACUGGUUCUAAAGUUUGUGGAGAGUUUUUAAUUUAUUUGCUUUAUAUAUAUAUUUCCUUUGUGAUAUCUCGUAUAAAUUGUUGUUGAUGUGGUGGGCAAUGUAGUAAGUUUCGUAAUUUUUUUUGUUUAGUUUGCUAGGUUUAAAAAAGGCCUUCCUGGAAACCUCUUCAGAAUGGAUGGACAUGGGGGUAAGCAGAUGUUUUUAUGCAGAUUUCGUUUACACUUCCAGAGCUAUUUUAAGUCUGCGUGACACUUAAUGGAAUUGGAUAAAGCCAUUUGUAGGAAUUCAUUUAGUAUUUUUACACCCUUACAUAACUCUGCAAUUACCAGCUCUACCACUGAUUCUUCAGGGGGUGGGGGACCUUUAAAGGGUAUGUUAUGACAAAUACAAUUUAACCCCUUAAGGACCGGCCUGUUUUUGCGAUGUUUUACGUUAAGGACCAGAGCAGUUUUAACACCUUUGUGGUGUUUGUGUUUAGCUGUAAUUUUCCGCUCUCAUUUACUGUUCCCAUACAAAUUAUAGAUUGGUUUUUUUUUCAGGGCAAGAAGGGCUUUCUUUACAUACCAUUAUUUGUAUCAUGUCAUAUAUUUUACUUUAAAAAAAUAAAAUAAAAUAUGGUGAAAAAUUAAAAAAAACAAACAUGUUUUUGGACUUUUACUUACCUACAAAAGCUAAUGAAAAAAAACUGCUAAAUAGAUUCAAUAUUUUCUCGAGUUUAAAAACACCCAGUGUUUACAUGCUUUUUUGCUUUUUUUUGCAAGUUAUAGGGCUAUAAGUACAAAUACGAAAUUGCUGUGUAUAUAUAAUUUUUUUUAAUUUAUCAAAAGUGACAUUGUAACACUAUUAUUUGUCAUAAAUCUCUGAAUCACACCCCGCAUGUACAUAUUUUUUUAAAGUAGACAACCCGGGGUAUUCAAUAUGGGGUAUGUCCAGUCUUUUUUAGUAGCCACUUAGUCACAAACACUGGCCAAAGUUAGCAUUUAUAUUUGUAUGUGUGUUAAAAAAGCAAAAAACGCUAACUUUGGCCAGUGUUUGUGGCUACUAAAAAAGGCUGAACGUACCCCAUUUGCAAUACCUUGGGUUGUCUUCUUUUGCAAAUGGUAUGCCAUCAUGGGGGUAACUCUCAUUCCUGGACUACCAUACGCUCUCAAAGGCAACCUAACCAAUCUGACAAAUUUCAAUGAAAAAAAAAAAAAGUAAAAUCAAGCCUUAUAUUUGACCCUGUAACUUUCAAAAACACCGUAAAAUCUCUACAUGUGGGGUACUGUUAUACUCGGGAGAAUUUGCUGAACACAAAUAUUAGUGUUUCAGAACAGUAAAACGUAUCACAGCAAUAAUAUCAGUGAAAGUGCCGUUUGUGUGUGAAAAAUGCAAAAAAAGUCACUUUCACUGACAAAAUCAUCGCUGUGAUAUGUUUUACUGUUUCGAAACACUAAUAUUUGUGUUCAGCGAAGUCUCCUGAGUAAAACAGUACCCCCCAUGUACAGGUUUUAGGGUGUCAUAGAAAGUUACAGGGUUAAACACAGUGCUAGCAAAUUUAAUUCGCUGGACUUUCGUUGUCAGGCAUGUCCCUCAAAUUGCAAUCAAUAAAAUUUACUUAAUUAUGUAAAAAAAUAUUACAUAAAUAUGCACAUAGAAUCUAAGUGUAUAUUUAUAUAAUUAUUUAUGUAUAUGGACAUGUAUAUUUCAUAUUAUUUUUAUUCCUUCCCCUUCCCGUUCCCCUUCCCCUUAAAUUACAUAUAAUUUUUUAACAUUUAUUUUUAUUUAUUUUAUUAUAUAUACACUAUAUAUAGUUAUUAUAUACGUGUAAUUUAAUUAAAAGUGUAUUUUUAUAUUAAUAUAUGUAUAUUUAAAUAUAAAAAUACACUUAAAUAUACACAUGUAUAAUGUCAUAUUAUUUUUUUUUUCUCCUUUUAUUUGUGAUUUUCCACUUGCAGGGAGACUGCCUGUCAGCACAGACAGUCCCCCUGCAGGCAGAUACACAGGCACCUAUUGCGAUCACCUGGCGUCGGGGGACCCCGCCGGGGGACCGGCGGCGAUCAGGUAAGUACCCCAAGACCGUUAUGACAGUUCAGGACCGUCAUCGCUCCUCAAGGGGAUGUUUCCGAUGACGGUCCUGAACAGUCAUCGGUCGUCAAGGGGUUAAUCUUGUAUGAGAGAUUUAUCAGAGAUUUAAAUAAAAACCUGCCUAUUUUUUUGAAAGCUGCUUAUAAUACAUAUUCUGCCUCUUUGUAAUGUUGGAGAGAAAGUCUGGCACUUCUGUUGGCUGCAGAUUGAAAAGUAGCUGUCUCCCGAGCUCCGACCAAUCAGAGCAUUGCAGCAGAUUACCACAGUAAAACUCUGACACUGUAAGUGCCUGAGCUCGCAAGACAGUUACUCUUGGUCUGUACCCGGCUCAGGCCAGAUUUCCAGCACACAGGACUACCAGAUCAGCAUGCCCCCUUCACUGCAACGUUAGGGAGAAGGGAGAAUGAAUAUUUGUUUUUAAAUAAUUAUUUGCUAUACCCCUAUACAUGGAUGAAGGGGGUGUUACUAGGGAGGGGCGCUAUAAAGAUUUUUUGCACAGGGCACCUUAAGGCCGGCCCUGCUUUCACACUGGUCUAUUAGUAUAGCGGCUGAUGCAAAGAGUUUGACAAAUGUCAAGAUCUGUAACGACUUUUAAAGAUUUGCCUGCUAAAGCUGAACUAUUUUUGGAUAUGUGGAAAGUAUCCCUAAUACUAUAGUGGCCCCCCAUCUCCUUCCCUCCACUUUUUCACUUACCAGGUUCCAGCACAGAUGUCUUUUGGCUCUGACGGGGUGGAAGGGGGAGGAGAGAAUUAAUGUGCAUGUGUGGCGAGUGCAUUAGGCCCUCCCCUUAGGAAAUCGCUGCACCCAGACCACUUCAAUGAGAGCUGAAGUGGUCAGGGAGCCUAUAAUGUCCCUUUAACUGGUGGAUACGGUUUUUGCUUUUUAAUAACAGAACUUUUUGUUUCGUAGAAUUCUCUCUUCUGACAGAUGAGAAGUUUGACUUUGAUAUAUCAUUGUCUCCUACAAGGUAAGUUCUAAGAGGGUUUAUAUAUUGUGUGUGUGUGGAGCCAUGUCUGAAGAAUGUCAUGUGUAUCUUUUAUCUCUCCGUUUUGUUUUGUUUUUUUUAGUGCAAAAGAAGACAAUGAAGAUUGUGAUGAUGAAGUAUUUAUUGGGCCUGUUAAGCACAAAGAAAAAUGUGUUAGUGCUGCAAUUGCCAGUCGAGAGUCUGAUGAAAAGACCCCUCUGCAGAUUAAUGACAAGGCCAUCUGGAGCCCUCUCAGUGGAGACAAAUUUGUGGAGAUAUUCAAAGAGGCCCAUUUAUUGGCUCUACAGCUGGAAUGUCUUGCCAGUGAAGACCAAAAGAGAGAGCAAGCUGAACAGACUGCUAACAGCCACGUGAUGGAGAAGUUUGUUCAGGAGUCCAAAUCUAAACUAAAAUUGCUUGAAGCUGGCUUUGAGUGCAACAAGACUCCAGUUGCUCUAAAGAGAGAGACUUAUUGUGUGCAGGAGAGUCCUUACCACCAAUUGCCACCUUCUGUUCAGCAACGACUUGCUGUGUCCAGCACAGAUCAUGGGAAGCAGUCUGGUGCUGAGAGUUCAAAGCAAUGCAGCCCAAUUAGAGCACUGAAACAAACUAAACCCUUCUCUGUUUCCCCACUUGCACAGAAAACUAAAGCACUACAGCCAAAAAGCAAUGUGCCAGCUGCAAAUGGCAACAAGCCCACACUAAGCCGGUUACAGAAUACAAAGACUUCUACAAUGCACCAACAAAAGAAUUUCCUAACAGUUGAAAAGGUAGAGCAAGUGGAUCUCUUUUCUAUCAUAACAUUCCUCAUUUUUAUACAUGGGUAUUUGUUAAUUGCACCCCUGACAGAAGACACAAGAGUUUCUUAAUGCAACAAACUGAUAGGAACCAAAAUGCUGUUGAAUUAUAAUUUAUGGUGGGAAUAUGAUUAAAGGAACACUAUAGCAUUACCAGUAGUCACGUAUUCCUAACACUAUAGUUUAAUCUACUUAUUUUGGUGUCCCCCCUGCCAUGUGAGGGAUUCACAGCGUUUUCCCAGCACAGGUUUUAGAGAAAGCUGACGCAGCAGAGAGAAAAUAAGGUAACGAUCUUAUUUGGCUGCAUCUGGCUUUCCCUCAUGAUAAAGCGAGCCCUAAUGCUCUUGUCAUAUCUUGGUCAAGGCAAUUUAGAUCAUGUUUCAAGUCUUGUCUUGGGCAGUGGAUGUGGGCAUACAACACCGCGUUCUCUGUAGUCAGCAGUCCUAGUGCAGGAGGUGCCAAGUGUGAGAGCCUGACCCAUGUGACAGAAUUAUGCUUUGCGUUGUUGUUUGUUUAUUCUCUUUCAUUAAAAGCUCCAGCAAUUCCCAUUAUUGAUAAAGCGCCAACAAACUCUGCAGCGCUGUACAAUAGUUAUUCAGUUCAAGUAUGCUGUUUUUCAAUCGGUAAGCACAUUGUUUUACAGGGUGCAUUGCAGAGUCUUGCACAAACACACUAUUUAUGUUUACAAAUAUCUUUUGUAUUGAUUGAUACAGAAAGGAACUAUCACAUCAAACAAGUUUGGAAUUACUCAUUUGAUAAAGCCUGUUUUAUCCAGGUCACACUUUAUUUGUUAAAGGAGCACUUUAGCGUUAUUAAUAAAAAUAUGUAUUAACUAGGGCUCAUGUUUGUCACCAGCCCCUCUCAGAAUGGAAUUAAAGGUAUUUUACUUACCUUUUCUCCAUUGCUGCGCUGCUGCUGGCCUGCCUCCAGUGCCAAGAUAAUUGAUUUUGAUGACCUCCAGUGUUAUUGUACAUGUGCAGCAAAAUGCAUCUCAAGGGGGAGCAUUCAGCCUCUUCAUGCAGGACAUGUAGACGCUGAACAUAGGUGCUUCAUGGCUUGCAGGUUAUAACCAGGAAGUCCCACUAGUAACGGUCUGAGUGACAUCCAUUAGAGGUGUGACUAGGUAGCAAUGUAAGCACUGCAUUUUCUCUGAAAGGGCAGCGUUUAAAUUGCUGAGCCUGCAGGGACAAGCUACAGGCACCAGAAACAAAGCUGAAUUGAGCAGUGAGACUGCAGGGGCAUGAUGUAUGCCAUGCAGUACGCUAUUUGAAGGCAACCUUCAACGCUCCAGAAGCUCCAACCUUAAGGCUGGCAAAGCAUCAGGGAAGAUGGAGUGCUGAAUGAUGCCUACCCCAGAUCUUUACACUAAAAUGGUUUUUCAUUAAUCUGAGGUUGUUUUGAUGCUUAGUGUCCCUUUAAAGUAAGUUAUCAUAGAUUUAAUUGUUGGUCUUUUCUCUGCAGCCUAAAAUAAGCAAGAAACAGAGUCCAGUUAGACAGAAACACCUAAACAGUGCUGACUCCAUUGAAGAUCUUCUUUCAGAUAAAUCAAGCAUUGCAUCUGAUGUCAGUGAUACGUCCAUCAAUACCAGCAUUGUGGGCCAAACAAAGAGAACUCUUCAAGCCCCAAGCAAGGUAGCAUUUAGUAAAAAUCUACAGAAAGUCUAAUUGAAGUUAAUAACUAUAGCAAAGUAUUUUGUGUUUUGAGUUGUGCUCUCUCUGACAUUAUUGCAAUGUUGCCAAUUUUACCUAUCAGGUAAUCAUACAUUCAAAUCCUGUUGUAGUUUUCAUAUAUUGCCAAUUGCUUUGUUUAACCAUGUUCCUAUUUGUUUUUUCUUGCCUCCCCAAGUCUAACCUGAAAACAGAUUUUAAAGCACCGGGAUAUGGAGCUUUCAGAAGGAACACCUCCUCAUCCUCUUCCUCCCAUUCCAGUAUAAAUACCAGCUUAAACUCCAGCUCUGCCUUCUCCCCACCUGCUGGGAAUGGUAAGCCGAGCUUGCAGAGACCUUGUCCACCUGAUUGACUCAAAUUGACGCUCACAUAGGCUUCUCUUAUAAAAUGUACUAAAAGAAUAAUAAUUGUGCUAAAUGAAACCUGACUCAAUACCUUGUAUGUAUAUGCUAAAUCUCAUUGUUUGUCUAUUGGAAAACAAAACCUACCAUGUCAAAGUGAACUUGUCAUACAAUGUAUUUCAAUAGUCUAUAUCGCCCCGAUACAUUAAAUACAUCAUGUAUCACAGAAAUAUAUUGAUGUACUCUAUAUAAAUGAUCAAAUACCUUUGUUGCCAGCAUGUCUGCAUCUGAACGGAGUAACAUCAGUCACUCUUUUCCUGUUCUCCCUAGCCAGCGCUAGCAUCAUCGGCUAUGAAGUUACCUUAACAAUUGCUAUGUGUGGAGAGCAAAAAUAGAACAGAACACCUCGGGUAAAGGGAGGACCAUUUAUUGUGGUCAGAAAAUGUUAGCUUUCUGGGGGUAUUUACUAAUCCAUGAAUGGAAGCUAAUUAUAAAAGAUAGUGUUAUUUACUAAAACAUAUAUUGGCGUGCUGAUAGAAGUUCAAAAGCAUAUUCCAUAAUUGGGAAAGUUAAGUAUUGUCUUUUGCACACAAUUGGUUGCACAAAGAAAUAUUUUUGCACAAUUUGUGUGUGUGUAUAUAUGUGUGUGUGUGUGUGUAUAUAUGUAUGUGUAUAUGUGUGUGUGUAUAUAUAUAUUGAAGUUUGAUGCACUUGACCACUUUAUUUGCACAAUAUUGCACAAAUUAUUUUCACUGUUUUGAGUCUUAAAGGCACAGCGCACUUUAAUUUUUAAUUGAGAGCAAAAAGACGCCUAUGGGGGAGGCCGUUUCGGCUCUCCCUUGCCGUUAGUUCUUUAGCAUAAAGUCUAUGCUGAAGAUUUGACGAACAUGUGGGAGAGAGGCUUAUUUUUUAAAUAGGCUUUUCCUCCUAAUCUAUACUUUUCCCAUCAGAUCUGCCAGCAUAAUGUACAGUUGAAGCUAUAUGCUACUUUAAAAGUGGUUGUGUGCAUGGCAGGUACUCUUUAAGCAAUACUUACUGUCUGUACCUCUUUAUAUUGGAGAAGUGGUCAGUCCCUGUCUAGCACAGAGGAAUUGGAACUGCCGUCUUCAUUACAGUUUGACCAUCCACAUAAUACUUUGAUUCGGACUGGGGUCUCUGGUCACAUUUCUGGGUUUCUAUUCAUGUAGUCAGCUUAGACAGCCCUAUAUUGCAUUGUAACCGAAUAGCACUUUUGGGAAGCAUUAGAAAUACUAUACUUUAGAAUGCAUUUUAACUGGUAAAUUUCUCACCAAACCAGGAAGGGACUUAAACCUUCCUGAUACUCCCAUUAUCUUCUGUGAUUGCUCAGCAGAUACCAUAUACCAUUCCUUAGCAGGGUUAAUGGCAGACGCGCUUCAGCUCUUAGCAGUUCAAGUCAUCAGAUAAUUCUUCCCUAUAUUGUUACGAAUUAUCUUAUUUUGUGUUUUUCAGCAAAACUAAAUGCCUCCCUAAACACCUCUAUCAACGGCUGUAAGCUCAAGACAAAUUCAAGUAGAUUGGCUCUAGCUCGUCCUACUGGAGGGUCUGCUUCUUCUUUAAAAACCAGUAGCACUGACCUGUCAAACCCCCUGUCGAGACAGACAAGUGCAGCAAAGGUAAAAGUUGCUGUGAUUGGGAAUAAGCCCUCUGCAGUAUCUGUGGGCCAACCACGGACGCCAGCUGGCAAGUUCCUAAGGCAGACAUCUGCACCAAACCUUCUGAGGUUUCCUACCCAAACAAAAGCAGAGAAUGCCGUUAAAGGAGUUGCUGGUAGUAAACCUCAAGCCAGGGUAUUGCCGACUCCAACAAGCCGCCUCAAGCUGCCUCAGAAACCUGGAGGUAAGAUUGAAAAUUGUAAUGAUCUCUUCAAGGGAGAAAACCAUGUGUCAAUCUCCCAUCCUGCUUCUGUGUUCCAAUCUGACAGGUCAAAAGUGGACAUGUUCUCUCAAAUAUACUUGACAUAAAUAUCUUUUAAACGAUUGUCUUUAUAUUCACAGGCUAUUAUAGAUUUACUACUUUAAAGUCAGUUCCACUAUGGAAGCAACCAUCUUAGACUUGCAAAACAAUAAUCAAUAUAACUUGGUUGUAUAUGGUCAAUCAGAACCAGAGAGGCUGAUGGCAUCCCACGUUCCAUUGCCAAAAAGUGGAAAUUGCCUGAGUUUUAAGUUAGUUAGAAUUCUUUUAUGAUAUUGCUAAUCUAAUUGAUUGUGGGGGAAUAGUGUGUGUGUGUGUGUGUGUCUCCCUGAACAUGUCUCCUGCAAGUGAAAUAGAUGGACUUAAAUAGUGUGAAGGAUCCGUGCUCUCAUUCUAGUAUUUAAACGGAUCAACAAAGAAAGCUAGACUUCCCGACCUGAAGUAGGGGGGCUGGGCUUCUGUCAACCAGAAAAGGGGCGUAAAUCUGUGCUUUAAAAUUAAUAAUUUGCUGGUGCUACUUUAUUACAGGGCACAUGUAUAUAUUAUAUUUAAUAUAGAAAUGUUGGGGUAUUCAGUGUUGUUGUAACUUUUGAUAUUUGUGGUUCAUGUUCAAUAUACUUUUUAGUGUUUGUAUAUAAUCAGGCUAAGGUAAAAAUGGGCCAAUACAAUAAAAGUAAGAUUUAGCACUGAAUACAAUGUCAUUACAAACUUUCAUUCUACCGUAGAAUAUCUUUCACUAUUUUACAACCAGAAUUGAUUUAUUUUUUUAGCCAUGUCACCUGAUCGUUCUGUAGUGAAAACAAUGCAGCCGACCAGGCUUCUGUCUUGCGGUGAUAUCAGAAGGUAAUUACUGUGAAUUUAUUUUAACCUCCGUGAAGUUUCAGAAAUGAAUGUUGGCAACAAAGCGGCUCUGUCCCCAGCUAAUGGAAAGUUAAGCAUUUCAUAAAGUUAAAAGCUUUAUGAAAUGCUCGUAAAGACUGUGUUUGUUAAAAUGCAAAUGCUGUUACAUGGUAUCAUAAGAUUAAGUAGGGACUAAAAUGUCACCUUUACAAAACCUGACAAAAGGCAGCUACUGUCGUCCAGUUUCUUUUAUCCCAGCCGGCACUAGUGACGUCUUUUGGAAUUCUCUUGCUCAUCACAAGAUAAUUCCUAUGGAGGGUCUUGCAGGAUUCUCAAUAGGCUUUGGGCUCCUGGCAGGAAUUGAAGAAAGAAGCUGGCUGUGUCCACGGGGGACCGUGUCGGCUAAGUGCUACCCUGGAUCACAGCAGUCGUGUGUGUGGUAAAUAUAUUCUCAAAAAAUCCUGCACUCUCUGUAACUGUUACUUUCUUGCCCGGUGCUUGUCAGCAUAACAUAGAAAUAGUAGUAGGAUAGCACUCCCAGGUCUUCAUUUGAAAUAAGAUAUCUUGUAUUGCUUAUUAAAAAAAAAUCAAAAAAAAAAUCAAUGUUUCAGUCUCACCACAGACUUUCAUCAGAAUAAGCAUAUAGUGUACAUACAUACAAUCAUUUUAUAUCCUGAAGUAAAUCAUAAACUCGCCACAUCUGGCAACAGAAAUAUGUAUAUUUGAUUUUCUCACCCCUACUGGGUGGUAUGUUUAUUCCUCAUUCUUGGGUCCUCUACCAUAGGCCUUGGAGUUUGAGGGUUCUGUGCAGUGUCUUAGCUGUUCCUAGAACUGCAUCUUCUGGACAGCAAUCUCCGAUCUCCCACCUGGAAUCUGUUGAAACCACUCCCCCAACUUGGGAGUCACAGUCCCAAGUGCUCCUAUCACAACUGGGACUACUACUGCCUUCACUUUCCACAUCCUUUCUAGUUCAUCCAUGGUAUUUGUCCACCUUCUCAUGUUCCUUCUUCCUGAUGUUAUAGUCACUGGGUAUUUCCACAUCCACCACGACUGCAGUCUUCCGUUCCUUGUCUACCACCACGAUGUCUGGUUGGUUGGCCAGCACUUGCUUAUCUGUCUGGAUUUUGAAGUCGCACAGGAUCUGAGCCCUGUCAUUCUCAACUACCCUUUGUGGUAUCUCCCAUCUGGACUUAGGCAGGUCCAAUCCAUAUUCUGUGCAGAUGUUUCAGUACACAAUCCCAGCAACUUGGUUGUGUUUCUCUGUGUAUACUAUUCCUGCUAACAUCUUGCAUCCGGCUACUAGGUGCUGGACUGUCUCAGAGGCCUCUUUGCACAGUCUGCACCUUGCUUGGUGUGGUAGACUCCAGCUUCCAUUGGUUAUCUCUGGUGCUGAGUGUCUGUUCUUGUGCUGCUAGGAUUAGUGCCUCAGUGCUGUCUUUCAGUCCUGCCUUUUCCAGCCACUGGUAGGAUUUUGUCAUGUGUGCCACAUCCACCAUUUGCUGGUGGUACACCCCAUGAAGAGGUUUGUCUUGCUGUGGAACCUCCUCUCGUUCUGCAUCCUCUAUCUGUUCAAGUCUCAGGCAUUCCCUUAGCAGUUCAUCUUUGGGAGCCAUCCUCGUAAUGUACUUGUGGAUGCUCUGUGUUUUAUCCAGGACUGUGGCCUUGACACUCAUCAGGCCCCGACCUCCUUUCUUCCUGGUGUACAGUCUGCAAUAUAUAAUCUAACCCAGGUGACAGAGCUGCUUUUAAAUUGCUGCUUUUGGAUGUAUUGAGCAUGUGUAUUGUUACUGGAUUAUGAAGACUAUAUUUUCACAGUUGUAAUUCUGGUAUGUGAUACUGUAGUAAUUCCCUCACGUUGUUAGUUAUUCAAGCACACGUGUCCCUAUGUGCCUGUGGCCAUGCUUGACCAUGUCUUACUAACUGCUGUGAGUGACACACAGCAAUGUGUAAUGGUGAUUAAGGAGCCUUUUUGUGGGCUGGGUGCAUGAUGGACACUGGGAAGACAGUCUAUACUUCCCCAGUAGCCACUUGUGCUCUUGAUUGACAGGGAGACUUUCUAUCUGUGAAAUGUAUUGAAUGUCUAAUCUAUUAAUCCUUUAUUUUAUUUUUUAAGUGUGAAUGCACAAAGUACACCUCUGAAGGAUAAACCAGGAACACAACCCAGCGUUGGGAAAACAAUAUCGGCAACUCCUAGUACCAAACGUUUAUCAGCCUUACCUACUCCCCUUAAUCGGAGAACCUCUAGUGUUUUAACAACUCCCAGAACCAUUCCAAGAUCUUUUGCAUUUGUACGCCAGACGCCAGCCCAGUCGGUAUCUACUAAAUCAUCUGCUGUCAAGCCUCAUCUUCCUAGGUAAGGGUUGUUUUUGUUUUUUCAUUUUUUAGAUUUGGUCUGUCGUGGUUAAUGUAAAGAACACGCCUUUAUUAAUUCCAGUUCUAUAUAUGUUCAUUUAAACACACAAAAAGCAAAAGAUCAGCGCUAUCUAACAAAAAAACACAUGGAGGCAGCACAUCUAAGGUAUGGGGGCUCCUUCACAAACACCAUAAAGGAAAUAGAGUAAAAUCAAAAGGAAAGAGGAAGUCCACAAUAAAGUCCAAAUGCAUAUAAAUAUAAAGAGUCACCUGCAAGAAAACAGACAGAUCUUGAAAAGGGUAUUCUUCUUAUGGGAAAUCUCAGGUCAAAGGUAGCAAAGAGACCCAAGGGUAAACACAAAAUGGGUCCGGGAACCUUUCAGCUGGCCAAAUACACGGGCACUCAGAUUUAGAGCCCUUGUGUAUUUGGCCAGCUGAAAGGUUCCAGGUGCGAGCUCUUGGUUCAUGCUGGAUUAGCAAAUAUUGCAACUUUAUCAACGGCCAAAGUUGGAAAGGAAACAUUCAAAACAUAAGGAUCUCACCAAAGAAUCCAAGGUGGAGAUUGCCACCUGUGCCCUGAUCAAUUAAAUGUGAGUACAAUAUAUCCUUUUAUUACUCCUGGUUUAAUACAUCCAGAGAGCACUAUCUUGUUCUAUUUUGUUUUCCCCUUCGUUCUCUCUUCUGCUAUACUACUAAUACCUGGGAACAACUUUUACCCACAUAUCCUAAAAGUGGGGAUAAUACCACUCUACACCAUCCACACUAGAGUUAGUCAUAGCUCUGGUAAAUGUGAGUUAAAAUGCUUUUUAUAUUUUAUUCAAUUAACCUCAGUGAGACAUAAUGUAACAUUGGAAUUGGUCUGCUUUCUUAUAUGUAUAUAAGGAUUCCAAACUACCUCUGACCUGAGCUUUCCCAUAAGAGGAAUACACUAUUCACAAUCUGGCUGUUUCCUCGCUAGUGGCUUUUCAUGGUUUGCCCCUCUGCAUAAACCGCCACUACCAUUAUAAAUUGAUCAGAAUGACCCAAAGAGCUGACUUAAAUAAAAAAUUUAUCCAACUUACAGAGUUGCUUUUACGUCACUGAUCAUUUUGAGCACAAUAGUUUAAAUUUGUGAAGUAAGCAUGAAGUGAUUUUCUAAUGUAUUAUGUCUAGGAUUGCAUGUUGUGGCGGUAUACCCACAAGUAGCUGGUUGUCACACCAAGAAUUCCCUUUCCCUUGUGUCUGUGUAGAUCCAGAGUGAUUAACCCCUUUGACGCAGUGUCUAGUAGUCUAGACUUAGUGAAGGGUGAAAAGAACUGGUUAUUGGUAAAACAUGUCACCUUUUUAUACCUGGGGUCUCAAAAGGAGGUCCACCGGUAGAACAAUACAAUUGCGACAUCCCAGUGCCUUGGUUCUGUAUCUGAACUGGUAAUUUAAUUAGCAGCUAGAUCGGGGCACAAACUACAAUCUAACUUUAGUUCCCAUGCCCACAUCCUCACACAACCGGUGUUCCCAGGAAACUUGGAUUAGAGCACCCACUUAGUCCACAAAGCUCCCUAAUCGGAUGUGGCUAGCCUGAGUUAGGUGGAAGUCCAAGUUUUAGCAGGUACUGGCUAGCCUUGAAUCAGGCGUGGGGUUCCAUGACGCUGUGUAGAGUUUUCUGUUCACCUAAAAUGACAGUGUUUUCCAUGGGUACAUGCAGCUCCCCCAAGUCCUUGGUGUCAUUCGUUGACUUGCAACUCCUCCAAAAAGCUGACUUCUGGUCCAGCGACCCAGAGUGCUUUUUAUUGAAGCUUCAGCGGAUGGCGGUAACUGCGAUCUGCUCCAGACUUCCAGAGUUUUUUGGCUGCUUCCGGUUCGGCGCGCCGUGCCUCAGUGGACCCCUGGCUUGUUUGGGAGGACUCCUGAGGGGAGCUGGGAUGGGAGGCAUGGAGGGGUAAAUAAUGGUGGUUAUAUUUUUUAAGAGCGGUUGAGGAGACCUGUACCAGACCUAGGUGGUCAGUCACACAUGUUUGUUUUUUAACCCAGUAUGGUUUUGUCAUUUCUUUCCAUUUGCUUUACUUUUUAGGAAUGGGGAAUAUGAAGGAAAUGGCAUGCAUGCACCAAUUAGCCCGUCUUCUCCAACAGAAGAGGAAAAUUCUACCCCUGAUGUUGUUCCUUGUUUUUUAAGCUUCUCUCCUGAAAACAAGCCUGUUUGUGGGAAAGAAAGUGAAAUGGAAAAGCCAUUGCCUGCCCCAACAACGGAGGUAAAUCUGUCCCAUGGUUACUGUGACAUCUACUAUUAUUCUAAAACGUCCCACAGCAGUGAUGGCCAGACUUUGCACUGCAGAUAUUUGUCGAUUUCUCUCUGUAGCUUGCUAUUACCACUAUGGAUGUUGGAAGUGUUUUUAAUGUGGAUUUAGCCCGUGUUUCUCCAUAGGUUUGAAAUUAUUACUGGUGUCUUUAAAAUUAUUACAAUGUUUCCUUCUCUGUUUUCAUUACGUAGACUUUAUUGAUUGAUAUCGGAAUAGAAAAUAAUGAAAUUGAUAUUAAAGUAAGAAAACCUUCGUUGGUUGAAUUUGAUAGCCAACCUCUCAUUGACCUUUCCAACACUCCGGAAUGUAAUAGGAGAACUGGGCACCCGAAAUCUGCUCAUAUUGGCCAGGUGAGUUCUCUUUUCUCAGAUUAACCAUUUACACCCCUAAGGAACACUGUGUGACAAGGAAUACAGACCUCUAUUAACACUUUGAUUUUUCACACCCCCUAGAGAUAGUAACAUAGUUUUACUUGCCCGAUAUCCCUUUGCACGCUGGUCUUGCCGAGGCUGCCAUCCUGCCACUGCCUGAGAUGCACCAGUCAUCCCCAAUAGAGAUGCUUUCGCUCAAAGAUUGCAGGACAGAAUUAGGAAUGGACUCUAAUAGUUCCUUGGGUGACCAUCUCUAGAUGUGCUCCACGCAGCAGUGUACAUUUUCUCAGAAAAGUCUCUUUGCACCAAAACCACAACAUUACGCUUUAGUGGUUCUAGUUGUUCCCCCAUUAACUUGUUUUACACUCAAAAGCAAAAUGUUUAUCUACACAGUCUUUACCUACCCCUGAACUAGAGAUGGCAAUACAUGUUGUGUGGCAAUGGCAAGUUCUCCUGCAAAGACGAUCACAAUAGGGAAAGAGACAUUGCACCUCGUCAGCUCUUACAAAUUGCAAAGCACUUUGUUAAAAGAAAACUCCAAAAAGGUCCUCUACCUGGUACUUCAAGGGACACUAUAGUCACCAGAACAACUACAGCUGAUUGAAUUUGUUCUGGUGAGUAGAAUCAUUACCUUCAGGCUUUUUGCUGUAAACACUGUAUUUUCAGAUGAAAAAAAAAUGCAGGCUUUACAUUACAGCCUAGUGAUAACUUCACUGGCCACUACUCAGAUGGCUGUUAGAGAUCCUUCCUGGGUCAUGGCUGCCUAAAAUGCAUCCAAACAUUCAGUGUCUCCUCCCUCUGCAUGCAGACACUGAACUUUCCUCAUAGAGAUUCAUUGAUUCAAUUCAAUGAGGAGAUGCUGAUUGGACAGGGCUGUGUUUGAAUCAUGCUGGCUCUGCCCCUGAUCUGCCUCUUUGUCAGUCUCAGCCAAUCCUAUGGGGAAGCACUGUGAUUGGAUCAGGCCACCACUUCUGAUGAUGUCAGCAGACUGCUUGUUUUGUUUUUUUUAGGCAAAUAGCAUGCAGAUCUACAGCUUCUGGUUUGACUACAAUAAGAGUUUGCUAUAUUUAUGCAGGCGUGAGGGGCCCAGGAGGGCUAGAUGGUGGUUUUAACACUAUAGGGUCAGGAAAAUGUUUGUUUGUAUUCCUGACCCUAUAGUGAUGCUUUAAUUUCCAUGACUGUCUCUGAGUUUACAGUCACAGAGGUGGACCACCACAAAGGAUGCUUAUACAUUUCUAUAAGUUUUCAGAUGUUAUAUAAAGCUCUUGCUGUUGUAACGUUUAGGAAUACAAACAUGAAUACAAAGUGGUUUUGCCACUGGCACCUUUUAUUCUGGCUGAGAUAAUCAAUUCUGAUUAUCUCAGCCAAAAUUAUCCUUCCUCAUACUGAAGCAUCGGGGGUCUAGUGUGUAUGUGCAGCAAUCGCCGUGCUGUGCUGUCAGUAUCUUAUCUUAGGGAUUCAUUGAGUCAAGGCAUCUCUAUGGGAAGAGUUUAUUCUUUGCAGGACCUUAUCCAGGACGUCCUUCUAGUGGCUGUCAGUGAUCAAUAGUAGAGGUGGUGGUAUGCAGCAGUGUAAACACUUAUUUAUUUUCUCCAUGAACAUUUAGUAAGUAGUGAUUCCACCUUGAUAACUAAUGUCCCUUUUUAUGUUUUCUUUCCUUACAGUUGAUAGAUUUAAGUUCUCCCCUUAUUAAACUGAGCCCUGUUGUGAAUAAAGAAAACAUGGACUUUGAUUCUCCUCUCUUGAAAUUUUAAGACUUGGCCGUGGCCAGCACUGUGAAAUUUUCCUAACAAACUGUAAGGCUGUUGGGGUUUGUGCCAAUUUAAAAUGAACAAAACGUUUGUUUCCAGAAGCAUAAUGUCACCAUCAUGUACGCGGGCAGUAUAUGAAGACUAAACUGCAUAUCAUUUUAGUUGUAUCUUGUGAAGUGUUUCUGAUUGGGCAGAGUUAAAUAACUUUUUAUUAGUAAUUCUGACAUGCAAACCAAAUAGAUUCUUAUUGGUGGCAAAUCGUAACCUAUUUAUUUAAAUACUGGGUUUUUGUAUUUUCUCCGUCUUCCGUAAAUGUUGACAAUGAACAGAUGUUACGGUUACAAUCGAAGUAUUGGUCUGUCUAAUUGCCGAUUCAUGAAUUAUAAAACGGAGUCGGAAAAUCUCCCCAGUAUAAGCUUUCUGUUGGUUUGAGUGAAUCCUUUUUGCUACAAAAUAACGACGUGGUACUUUCUAAAAUAAAAUUAAAAUAAAAUGAAGAUUGGAAAGGGUGUAAACAUAUUAGUGUUUUCUUCUGAAGUAAAGAGGGUACUGCAAAGCUUGCAUAUUUUGUAAAGGGUAAAAAAGGUCUUUAAAAUAAGCAAAUUGUCCCAUGCAAGAUGUGUUGUACAUUUUAUUGAAAUUUAUCAUUUGUUUUAAUCUUGUUCAAUGAAAAAAUAAAGUUAGCUGAUGCAUCAAA